CUCUCCUCCUUUUUAUUAUUUUAUUUUGCUCCACAUACACACACACACACACACUCUCUCUUUUUUUGAUUAAGCAGCAGUAAUAGAUGAUGCAUUAUCGACAGCAGCAGCAACAACAACAACAACAACAACAGCAGCAGUACAGCAGAAGACAGACCCCGCCCUUGGUUCCACCUACGCCAACAGGCAGCAUAUGUACGACAACGACAAGCAGUAGUAGUAGCAGCAGCGCCACAUCCUCGUUCUCUGGUAGCUUGAGUUAUCCGAGCUCACCAUUUGUCGAAUGGGAGGAGGAACAGAGAAAGCAGCUGGCUCAUGCUCAUACAGUGUUAACGCAAAAAGAAUACGAGAAUGCACAACUUAAGCAAGCGUUAUCAGAUUGGAGAACCAAAGCUCGAAAAUGGAAUGAAGCACAAGAGAAACUGGAAGAACGGAUUCGUCAUAUGGUGGCCGAGAAAGAGGCUCUGAGUAAGGCUUACGCCAAAAAAUGUAACGACGAUGCAGCAACAAUCUUGGUACUUUCUCAAGAGCUUGAGGCCCUCAAGAAAAGCAAAGUGGAUUCUCACCAGCAGCGACCACUUCCAACAAUGUCAGCAGAUGAUGGCAAUGAGGGCGAAGAAAUGGAGGAUGCAGGGGAUCCGUGCGCCACUGCAGAAGAAACGUACAAAAAAGCCGCAUCGCAAGCGGUAUACGGGAGAAAGAAAGCGAAUAACCUGAUUGUCGGGAUAAACGAUAUGGUUCAAGCUAUCGAAGAAGAAUUGAGCUACUUACAGUCUCACGGUGUAAUCGACAAAUCCGAUGAUAACAACAAUGACGAUAAGCAGGAGGCGGAGGCAGACAAAGCCGUAACAGCCAGAUGUCGAGACACAGACGCGUCCGUAAAAGGGGAUCCAGAAAAAGAAACACCCAAGGCCGAAAAGCCGACAUGUUGUACAGCUAAUGUGCAACAUCACAUGGAUGGCAAUUCUCCGUCCGCCACUGCAGCAACAAGGACGGUGGCACAGAGGAUGGUUUGCUCUGCUGGUGAUGAGGAUGAUAUAGCCUCAACACCGAUAUAUGCGCAAGAUCCCCUGCAACUGGCACCAGCCUAUGAGUACGACACUGCUCAGCCUCAGAAAAGAGUUUUUCGGCCACGGUCCCAGACUAUGGACACCAUCGUCAAGAAGGCUAGCAUGUUUUUGCGUUCGAGUAAUAGUGGCACUAAUAAUAGCAGCAGUAACAACGGUAAACGGGGUAAUGGGUUCGUCAGCAGCAGCAGCAGCAAGACCAGAAAGCCCAGACCACAGUCUACUGUGGAUGUACCGAAAAGGGAUGCUUCGUCCUUCACAUCUGUUGAUAACACCUCCAUUACAACGACGACGACACAGCAGCCGAAUUCAGCAAUCGUGCCUUAUAAUAGCAAAGAUGGCCCUCCGAAGACCGGGACAGGAACCAGACGGCAACUAUUCCAUCGUCUCAGCACACAAGCUCUAUCGUCGUAUUAUCAAUCGACGCCUUUGUUCAAGACAGCAACAUCAUCGAAUUCGAAGAGUACCACACAUGCCCCAAAAGAGGCGACAACAACAACAACAACAGGCGUGACCUUGCGUCAAGCCAUUGCCGCUGCGGAAAGUGCUCGUCAGCAAAAGCAGGAGCAACAGCGACAGCAGCCCCAACAGCAGCAAUAUUACCAACGACAUAACAGUACGUCCAACUCUUUGUCAUCGCCCUCACUUUCUUCGGGGUCAGCACAUAGUACCACCAGUACCGUCAGUAGCAAUGGUAGUAUGGGUGGCUCUGAAGACCGCCAUGAAAAUAGUGGUAUUGAUGCCCAUGACAAAACGAUAUCAUUGCCACCUAAUCAUCCGCAACAACAAGUGAAUACAGCCACCAGUACCUUGAUGCAUCAUUAUCGAAAACAGCAGCAAAAGCUGCAGGGAGCAGUGGCUGAUGCAUCAUCACGUAUAGAUGAUGACUCUGUCAUUGAGCAACCGACGAAUCAUCACCAUCUUCCUCUAGACAACCACCAGCAGCAGCAACAGCAGCAACAGAAACAACGGAAAAGAAGAAGCGCCAUGCUAUCAACAUGCUCGUCCCCUUUGUCCGGUGGUAGCGUAUACUCUUUACACUCAGCAGCAAGAACAGCGUCGUCAAUAUUAGCUGGAGAUUUGUCAAAGCCAAGUCAACUCGAGCACUGGAAAAUAAGCAGUCGACGAUAAAUAAUAGUAACUCAUUUAAACUUAUAGAUAUCUUUAUUACUGUAACCAUGUAAUCCCCCCCCCCACUCGCCGAGAAUCCACAUUCUGGUCCUCAUUAAUUUAAAUUAAAAAAACAAAUCAUAAUCGUUAUUAUUACACUUCAAAUACAGCAAUAUCUG